AUGGCCUACACAACCACACUAUUAGUGUCAAACAUCCACUGCCCGUCAUGCGUCUCCUAUGUCCAGGAUAUACUGCGUGGUGUCAGCGGCAUCCAAUCCGUCCAUGUUUCGUUGGUCGAUCACCUUAUUCGCGUCAGACACGCGCAUGACUCAACCCGAGAUAUCAUUAUCAGCGAGCUAAUCAAGGCGGCUUUCGAGGUCGAGCAUGUCACAACCGUCGACCCAAAUGGUGUCCAGAGCCACGAGUUCGACGUUCCAAGAAGACCCUUAUCCUCCCGAGCUUCUCGAUCCACAUGGCUUACGACCCGUGCCCAGCGCAAACACAUCGAGAACUGUAACGCAUGCCAGCGUGAGAAGGGUCGAAAAUCAGGAGCGAAAGUAGGCUGGUCUUCUCUGGCUCGGAAGCGUCGAUCAAGCCCGAGCAGGAAACCCCCGAGCAACGAGGCCACUGCUGCCUCGAACGAUACAUUGGUUGACGAGAAACCUGCAAUAAUUGACAUCAAUGGUUCAACCGACGAAAGCGUCAGCCCACGGUAUGCAGCCACCGUCUCCAUUGGUGGCAUGACCUGCGCAUCGUGCACAAGCACGAUCACUAAAGCUUUGCACAAUCUCAGCUUUGUGGAAACUGCCCAAGUCAGUCUUAUGACGAAUACUGCACGAGUAGUCUAUUCUGGUCCGAAGAGUAAUUCAGACAAAGUCGUUGCAGAGAUCGAAGACGUAGGCUAUGAGGCAGCAAUUGACGGGAUCGAGCCUCUGGGAGAAGCGAAGCCCAAACCGGAAGCUGAGGAUGACAAUUACAAAGUCACUCUCAGUAUCGAAGGCAUGACUUGUGGAAGUUGUGUCGGUACUAUCACGCGAGGUUUGCGGGAGCUUCAGUUUGUCAAGGGCAUCAACAUCGAUUUAGUUGGCAAUCGAGGCGUCAUAUCCUUCUCUGGCAAGAAAAAUCUGGAUAUCUUACUCCAGAAAAUUGACGACCUCGGCUAUGAUGCGACAGUUGUUAAGCUCGAAGGUACUGCCACGCAGGUCGCAAGCCCGGAGCAGGAAAGAACGGUCCAACUGAAGGUUGACGGCAUGUACUGCGACCACUGUCCUGACAAUAUCAGACGCGCCAUCAAGUCUUCACUACCCACGAGCCCCGACAGAGUCUAUACCAUAAUUCAGCUUCCCUCGCUGGAUGACCCAAUCAUCACCAUCACCUAUCGCCCUUCCAGUCAAAUCAAUGUGCGGAGCUUCGUCGCUGCCAUCGACGCAUCACAUGAAGCCUUGUCCGCAACCGUGUAUCAUCCACCAACGCUAGAAGAGCGGUCUCGCCGGCUGCAACGGAAAGAGAUGAGACACAUUCUUUGGCGACUGCUUUUCACCGGGAUAAUCGCUGUCCCUACCCUCAUCAUCGGGGUCAUCUACAUGAGUCUUGUGCCCAAGUCAAAUCCGACCAGGCAAUGGUGGGAACAGCCUAUCCUUGCUGGUCAAGCCAUGCGAAUGGAGUGGGCGUUAUUUUUCAUGACAACGCCCGUCAUGUUCUUCGGCACGGAUUUGUUUCACGCCAGGGCGUUCAAAGAGAUCAAGGCCAUGUGGAGACGGAACAGCAAGAUUCCGAUCAUACGUCGAUUUUACCGGUUUGGCAGUAUGAACUUGUUGAUUAGUGCCGGUGCUGCUGUCGCAUACUUCUCGUCCUUGGCCGUCUUGAUCAUGGAUGCGACAGAUAGCUCACAUAAUAUGCGUCAAAGUCGCUCUUCCGACACUUACUUCGACACGGUAACAUUCCUUACCUUCUUCAUUCUCAUCGGUCGAUUUCUCGAAGCGUACAGCAAGACCAAAACUGGCGAUGCAGUAGCAAUGCUCAGUAAACUGCGGCCUUCGGAAGCGGUUCUUGUGGAAGACAAAACUAUCCGGACGAUCCCGGUGGAUCAAUUGGAAGCGGGCGACCUGGUUCAGAUCGCCCACGGGGUUUCACCACCGACUGAUGGCACCAUCGAGCAGCAGGGCAUAUUCCUCUUCGACGAAAGCUCCCUUACUGGCGAAUCUAAGCCUGUGAGGAAGACCUUUGGCGACCAAGUGUACACAGGAUCCGUCAAUGUCUCCGAACCUGUUCGAAUCAGGGUGAAUGAACUCGGGGGCACUUCGAUGCUAGAUCGGAUUGUUAAUGUUGUCCGUGAAGGUCAAGCGAAGAGAGCUCCCAUCGAACGCAUUGCAGAUAUACUCACAGGCUACUUCGUGCCAGUGAUAACGCUCAUUGCCAUUGUUACCUGGGUUAUUUGGCUGGCCUUGGGCCUGUCAGGUGCCUUACCACGAGCAUGGCUUGAUGUGAAUCGUGGUGGCUGGCCUUUCUGGUCUCUCGAGUUUGCAAUUGCUGUCUUCGUUGUGGCUUGUCCUUGCGGGAUUGGUCUUGCCGCCCCGACUGCACUGUUUGUUGGCGGAGGCCUAGCUGCAAAAUAUGGCAUUCUGGUUCAAGGUGGCGGAGAAGCAUUCCAGGAGGCAUCCAAGUUGAAUGCUAUUGUUUUUGACAAGACCGGCACGCUCACUGAAGGUCAGAUGCGGGUCACUGACUUCGAACUGAUCCAAAACGGCCAGAGCUAUACCUCGACCAUUGACGAAAACGUCAUCCUCGCCAUGGCUCGCAAUUUGGAAGAGUCGAGCACUCACCCUAUCGCAAAAGCGAUUGCGUCCUAUUGCGCCGAGAAAUCCCCAAAUGUGACGGUGGAGUCAGAAGAAAUAAAAGAGAUCCCUGGUCAAGGAUUGACUGGGAGAUUCGUCGUUCGCCAUGAUUAUGCCAGCACAAAAUACGAAGUUGCACUUGGCAACGAAAGGCUGCUCCAGUUCAUCGACUCUUCAAAUGGUGGAGAAGCCAAGCCAGCCCCAGUGAAUGAGGCCACGAAGGUCACAGUACAGGACGACUUCUAUCUUAACCCUAUCCUGCGAAAACAUCAGUCUCUGGGGCAUUCAACUGCGAUAUUCGCCGUGCGACAGUCAUCAGAAGAUCUUGCGAAAGGCAAGGCACCGUCGAUUUACCGGACCGUGGCUCUCUUUGCUAUCGCUGAUCCAAUCCGUCCUGAAGCGCCCAGCGUCCUUCACUUACUACGCGAUGCUGGCCUCGAUGUUCACAUGUGUACUGGCGACAAUCAAACCACGGCUCUUGCAAUUGCUUCACAACUGGGCAUUCCCGCCAGUAACGUCCGCGCCGGCGUUCUCCCGCAAGAUAAAGCAGCUUACAUACGCGAAUUGGAAGGGGUUUCAUCCACCGGCGGCGCGGCUCCGGAUGGUCGCAAAAUCAUCGCUUUCGUAGGGGACGGUACGAAUGACACCCCCGCGCUCUCGGCCGCAGAUGUCUCCAUUGCCCUGUCAUCGGGCUCGGACGUGGCAAUCACCACAGCCUCAUUCAUCCUGCUCAACUCAGACCUCAACACUAUUCUGUCGCUCGUCCGUCUGGCCAACCGCGUCUUCCUCCGCGUCAAGCUGAACUUUGCUUGGGCGGCAGUUUACAACCUAUGUCUGGUACCUGUUGCGGCUGGCGUAUUUUUCCCUAUUGGAGCGAGUGACAGCAAGGCUGGAUGGAGGCUAAGUCCUGUUUGGGCAAGUGUGGCUAUGGCGGCGAGUAGUGUCAGUGUGGUGAUGAGCAGUCUGGCUUUGAGGCUGCCUGAACUCGAGCUGAGGAGAUGGAGAUGGAAGAAAUAA